AUGACCGGAACGGUGAUCAUCACCGGCGCAACCGGCUCGCUGGCUCUCGAAGCCGUGCAGCAGCUGCUCUCGUCCCACCCGUCACUGACGAUAGUGGGCACCGUCCGAAAUGCCAGCCAAAACCCCAAAAGUUCUUAUCUGCUCCAAUUAGAAGACCUCGCACCACAAUACCUCGGCAGCAAGUUGGUUCUCAAAAGCGCAGACCUAAACUCGCUGACAGAGGUGCGAUCCUUCGCCGACGACGUUGCCAGCCAGGUGGCGUCGGGAGAACUGCCUGCGAUCUCUGCUAUCAUCUGUAACGCGUUCACCUGGUCAUUGGAGGAUGGUUUGAGAUUCUCUCGCGAUGACUAUGAAUCCACGUUCCAAGUGAACCAUCUCGCGCACUUCCUGCUCGUGAUGAAGCUUCUAUCGAGUAUGGAUCGGGAACGCGGGCGAGUGGUUCUGCUCGGCUCUGGAGUCCAUGAUCCGGAGCUGCAGAACCCUCUCUCCAAACUGGGUGCGCAUCUGCCUGACGCCGAUGAGGACCUUGAUCAAUUGGUCAAGCCUGGCCCUGACCCCGCUGGGACUGAACAUGAUAUGGGGUGGCGGCGCUAUGCCACCAGCAAGUUGGCCAACGUCAUGUUCAUGCACAGUCUGAAUCAACAACUGGAGCGGAACCCCUCGCUCCGCAACAUCACCGUGACCACUAUGGACCCGGGCGCUCUCGUGAGCUCUCGAGCACAUGCCGUCCAGCGUCCACUAGCCAAGUCUUUGUUUGGGGUUGUGAAGCUGUUGCUCCCUGUCUUGAAGCUUUUUACCUACCAAUUUCGCUCAAAUGCGGAUUCGGCGAGAGAUCUCACGGCGCUGGCUGUGGAUCCCAAGUACCAUUCUGUCCGAGGGUAUUUCACAGGACAGAAGCAGAUUCCAUCUGCUCCAAUGAGUCAAGACAAGGAGAAAAUGAAGGCACUUUGGUUGGCGUGUUGGAAGUGGACUUCUUUGGAGGAAACCGAGACCUGUCUGUCCAAGCAGGUGUCUUGA